AUGGCGGAGCCUGGAAAGACAGUGGUGGUGCAGCUGGACAAGUCGCGUGGGUCUCAGUUCGGCAUGCAUGUCCACGCGCAACACUUGACGGUGUGCUCCAUCGAUGCCGGCGGCCUGGCUGCUGCAUGGAAUCGUCAAAACCCCAUGUGGGCAAUUUCUAUUGGCGAUCGCAUCCUCUCCGUGAACGGCGUCCGUAGCCAGGAGGUGAUUUUGGAGCAGCUCGCAUCUGAGAUGGUCGUGUCGAUCUUGCUCCUCAAGAGCGACAGCCGCACCCCUUUGCCUCGGCCUCUCGCGAACUUCUCGGUCCAGUUGGCUCGCCUUCCCCACGAAAGUUUCGGCCUGGAAGUCAACAGCGGCACCCGGGAAGUGACGGGACUUGUCAGUGAUGGCCGAGCUGCAAUGUGGAAUCUGAACCACCCGUUCCAGGCGCUUGUGGUCGGCGACCACCUCGUUGAGGUGAAUGGCCUUCACGGCGAAGGCAUGGUGGCCCUUCUGGAGGAGGCCUUUUCGCUGGACAUGGUCUUGCGGAGGGGCGCUGGUGUGGCGAGCUGUGGCACCUUCGGGAUCACCCUCCUGCCUGGCAAGGAAUCCCGAGCAGGCCUUGAGCUGAACAAGGUUAUGGAGGUGCAGAAGAUCGAGGCAGGGGGCUUCGUGGCGAAGUGGAACGCCGAGAACCCAGCUUGCCGGCUCCAUGUGGGCGACAAAGUGCUGCAAGCGAACGGCAAGGUGACAGCCGCCGAGAUUUUGCAAGAGCUCUCCACAUCGCCCACGCGCACGGGCGUGACGCUGGUGGUUGCGGAAUCUGAGAGGCGCCUCCAUGCGCAAAGCCGGCAGGCCUACACCUUCAAAGAAUGCCAGAAGGAAUGGCCCAAAGAUGCAGAGCAGCAGUGGGCAUCUAUGCUAUCGACCUCGGGUCAGAAUGGAAUCCUACGUGGCCGGAGUCCCCACACGUGGGCGGUUUCGUUGAGGAGGUCGCCGAGCCACGGCUGGGGGCUUGCAGUUGACCCCAAGUCGAUGCUCGUGCUGCAGGUGGUGGACGAAGGCCCGCAGGCCUUGUGGAACUUGUCCAAUCCGUUGCGCGCAGUGCUGGCUGGAGACCGGAUUCUCCAAGCCAACGGUGCCGAUCAAGCAAAGGCCAUCGUGCACAUCAUGAAGCAAGCUGAGGAGACAGACUUGCUCAUGUCUCGUGAUGCUGAUAUAGGCAGCACGGCCCCCGUGCAUCUCGUCAAAGCCACUGGGCAGAGACUUGGCGUUCUGCUGAAUGAGGACGGCGUCGUCAAGCAGGUCCAGCAAGGUCCUGGCAACUUGGUGGCAGAAUGGAAUGCCAAGAAUCCGACCGCCAGCGUGCGUAUCGGCGAUCUCAUCAUGCAAGCGGCCGUCUAUACUUCGCUGGAAAGAAUUUUCCUGUAUCUGCAAGAGCAGGAAAGUUUAGAUCUGGUUGUUUUACGCGUACAGCGGCGGAUGGACCUUGACGGUACUGUCCUGACCUUCGCGGAAUGUUCUGUCAAGUACUCUGCGGUGGCAGCUGCGCACUGGGCGACGAUGCACCCAGUUCCUGUCGCACCCGCGACAGCGACAACGGCGCCCACAAUUGCCUUGCAAUUGGAGCAGGCAAAGAGGCACGACCAUAACGCCGGCUCAGCAGGGUACGAAGUGCCGAGGUCGCUGCUGAGGAGGCAAGACUUCUAUUCAACGCUGGCUGAAUGGCAGGCAACCAGCCGUCAAGCUAUAGCGACUAUGGCGACUGAGGCGAUCAAGCAACACGACAUGGAUAUCCCGGCUGGUUCUGUGUUCGCUUGCCCAUGCUGUGGCCGCUUCUUCUCUGUCCGUUCCGAAGCAGACGGUACGACUGCUCUGGUGCCAGUCGGCCCCGCUGAUGCCUUGUCGCCCGUCAUGACA